AUUACUGUGAUAUUAGCAGUGAAACCCUUGAAGCAAUCGUUUCUAGCUUUGAUUUUAUGCAACACCUGAGCGUUUGUUCUUCCACCUCCAGUUUAAAACAGGUUCGGAUCUUUAGCCAAACGGUUAAGACUGUGGAGCUGGAAUCAUUGGAUUUGGAGGGGAUUUAUUUAUCUACCCAAUCUCUUGGUGCUUUGGUGCUUCAUUCUAUGAAAUUUCCGGCCAGACGUUUGGUUAUCCAUGCUCCAAAUCUUAGGGUUUUUACUGCAACUCGCAAGCCCAUAACUAAAAAUUCAGACAAUAUCACCAAGAUUGCUGAGAUUCUAGAGUAUUGCACUCAUCUCUUGGGGAGAAUUCAGAUUCGAACCUUGGAGAUGAUAUUAUUGAGAGCGACAAUCAUGAAUCUCGAAAAAAUUGGUCUCUGUGAACUGCAAAACGAACAUGAUGACUUGAUAAAUUAUUUUGGUUGGCCCGUGCUGACACCUGUUAAUUAUGAAGCUAAUGAUCCAAUGGAAGACCUGAAUCUGUUUAUGAAUUUGAGGGAGCUAACCAUUGAUUUAGACUUGAACGAUAGAAGGGAAAUGUUGAUCCUCUGUAUCGUUCUACAACGCUGCCUUAAUCUACACCAACUUGAAAUCAACAUAGAGGAAAGUAGAAGUGAAAUAGAGGAAGCAACAAGUGAUUACAGUAGUGUAAACAACCGAAUGCCAUAUCCAGAGACAAAGCUAUGGGAGAAAAGGGGGCUGUGCGACUGUAUUACAUUCACACUAAAACAAGUAUCCAUUAAGGGAUUCAAAGGGAAAGAUGGGGAAAUGGAAUUCCCAAGGCAUCUGAUUACGAAAGGUGCCAAGUUGAGGAGAAUAGAGAUUUGGUGUAACCAUGACUGCUCUAGAGAAGGAGGUGAGGCAACUCUUGGUUUACUUUCACUGCCUAGAUCCUCCAUUGAUGUCUCCAUUCUUCUUAAACCGCCACCCCAAUUUGAUGGUAGUUUUGGAAGAUGGGUCUCAACCCUAAACUAGUCUUAUUGUCAAGGAUUUUUGGAUUAGUUAAGGAUUUUGAACAGGAUGGGGAAUUUAUCAUUGGUUUUUCAAAGAUGAUUUUGGGUGUGACUUUAUGUUUCUAUAUUGUUGGAAUGACAUGCUCCAGUUUGAAAGUUACUCUUGUGCCUUAAUCAAAUUGUCAAUGUGGUAUUUGUACUUUUAAUUUAUUUAAUUUGUUAUUUUUAUUUUUA